AUGUGGGCUGAGCUGAGCUGCAACCAUUCCUUCAGAAUUGAUACCACAAAGCUCCAGCAUAGGUACCAGCAACUACAGCGUCUUGUCCAUCCAGAUUUCUUCAGCCAGAGGUCUCAGAUCGAAAAGGAAUUAUCAGAGAAGCAUUCAACCUUGGUGAAUGAUGCCUAUAAGACUGUUCUGGCCCCCCUGAGCAGGGGACUAUACCUACUAAGGCUCCAUGGAAUAGAGAUUCCUGAAGGGACAGAUUAUGAAAUGGACAAUCAGUUCCUCAUGGAAAUAAUGGAAAUUAAUGAAAAACUUGCAGAAGCUCAAAAUGAAGCUGCCAUAGAAGAGAUUGAAUCCACUGUCAGAGCUAAGCAGAAUGAAUUUACUGAACAUGUGAGCAAACCUUUUGAACAAGAUGACUUUGAAAAAGCCAAGGAAAUUUUAACAAAGAUGAGAUACUUUUCAAAUGUAGAAGAAAAGAUCAAGUUAAAGAAGACCCCCCUCUAA